AUGAUAGACAAUGGCAUUGCACCAAGUGAGCUUAGAAAAGAUGCUGCUAGACGAAUUAUGAAUACUGGCGAACCUGAACCUAGCCAUAUUCCUUCAGCAAAUGCUUUAAGGGUUGCUAAGUGCCGGGAAAAAAAAGCAAGACUUCUUCAUGAAGAUCCUUAUACUGCUUUAUCAAUGAUGAAAUAUAGUGAUCCAUACAGAGUAUCAAUUCAUUCUAUAGGCGAACCUGAACCUAGCCAUAUUCCUUCAGCAAAUGCUUUAAGGGUUGCUAAGUGCCGGGAAAAAAAAGCAAGACUUCUUCAUGAAGAUCCUUAUACUGCUUUAUCAAUGAUGAAAUAUAGUGAUCCAUACAGAGUAUCAAUUCAUUCUAUAGGUAAUUAUGUAAUACGUUCAAACAUAACUAAUUUUGAUCUUUGUGACAAAUGGAUUGGUGAAUUCUCUGACUUAACAAAUACUUCAUGGCAAGUAAGGAACACUAAUCAAAACAGUGAACGUUUUAUUAGCAGAAAAGACUAUGUUUGUCAUCACAGUAAUUUUAGGAAAGUUGAAGCAGCACAAAAUAAAAGAGGGAAAUCAAAAAAUAACGGACUUGUAGCAAUAAUUAGUAUACUGAGUAUCCAUUCUCAUUCAACAACAGCUGCUGAAGCUUUGAGUAAUUUGAGAGUGUCUGAAGAAACCAAGAAACAAUUUGAAAAUUAUUUCAACGAUCGACUUGGUAUUACUGAUGCAAUAUUAUUUCAUGAAGGAAAAUUAGAGUUGGAAGGGGAUGAGAGCAUUAUAGCCAAUGCAUCAUUAAACCCAAAAUACAGGACUGUUCAAUAUUUACAUAAUUUAUGGAGAACACUGAAUUUAGGGCCGAGGAUAGGAGAUGGUGUUUUAGAGAAACUUAAAUCAAAAAUGUCCUCAUAUAAUGAAAAAGGUAUAAAAAUAUUAAUAAAAGAAGAUCCUUUUUCUAUAGUAAUAUGCACUCCGUUGAUGCAACGUGCACAAAGCUUGCCUUACUCAAAAGAUAUAGUGUUUUCUGACAGUACAGCAUCGUGUGAUGCUCAUAACCAUGCAAUAACAUUUAUGCUUACACCAUGUGCAGUUGGAGAUAUUCCAUUAGCUGUGAUUGUGACAAAAGGGCAAUCCUUGAAUGAUUAUAAAGCUGGUUUUGAAUUAGCAAAAGUAUGUUUUGGUGAUAACAGUUUUGGUGGUCAACAAUUUCCAAAAGUAUUUAUGACUGAUGAUAGCGAAGCUGAGAGGCAAGCAUUGAAAACUAUAUGGCCAGAGUCAAAACAAUUGUUAUGUCGUUUUCAUGUUUGUCAGUCUAUUUGGAGAUGGUUAUGGAGCAAUGAAAACCAUAUUGAAAAAUCAGAUCGUCCACUUUUGUAUAAUUUAUUUAAUACAAUUUUGAAUUCACCUACUACAGAAAAGGCUGAGGCGGCUUAUAAUGAAGCAGUUAAUAUUAAUAAUACAUAUGUUUCCAAAUAUUGUAAUUGGGUGAAGUAUAAUAGUUCAUACUGGAAACGUAAACAAAUUUGGUGUUUAGCUUACAGAAAUUUUGAAACUCGUGGUCAUCAAACAAAUAACUAUAGUGAAGUUUGCGUAAGAAUUCGUAAGGACAUUGUAUUAUCACGAAAUAAAGCAUAUAAUGUUGUGUCAUUAGUCGACUUUACAUGUACCAUAAUGGAACAAUAUUACAUUCCUCGAAUUAGGAAGUUUUGUAACAGUCGUUGUGAUGCAUCACGCUUGUUAUUGAAUUCGAUGAAAAAAAAAAUUAAGUAUUUAUCAAAAGAAAAUAUUAAAGAGGUGGAUGAUCAUAUAUUUAAAGUACCUAGUGAAACAAGUGAGUGUGUAUAUGAGGUUUAUACAGAUUUAGGAUAUUGUACAUGUGAAUAUGGGCGUUUAGGCAAGCUUUGCAAGCACCAAGCAGCCAUAUAUUUAUAUUUUGGUAAAGAGCUACCUAAUGCACCACCUGUCACUGCAAACUGCAGGCAUGGUAUGGCUGUUUUACCAUUUGGGAAUAAAGUACAACCUUUAUCGUUCUAUACUUCCUUAAAUGAAAUUACAACAACACCAACAGCAAAAGAGAAUAGUUUUAUAAAAACAAACAUUGAACAAGAAGGUACAAAGAUGAAAGACAAUGAGAAUAAAAUGGGGUGUACAGAACAUGAAGCAAACUCUGAAACUAAAGAAGAAUUUCAAAAGGUCAUUGAUUUGAUGACUGAAAACCACUCUAAAUAUGGAUCCUCAAUAGCAUCAACACAAAUGUUUUUAAAAAAGUUAAAAAACGUAAAAACAAAAAAUUCCUGGGAAACAUUUUUAUCCACUUUUGGAAAACAAAUUUCUUUUCGCCUUGGAGCAAAAUCAAAAAUACAUGUACAGCCUACUUCAAUUAGUCGUAGAAGACCAGAAGUAACAGAAGGCUGCAAAAGAUUAGCUGUUGGUCGACCACCAUCUGACGACAAAAAAAUAAAACUAAAAAGGAGAAGAAACUUGCAGUAUAAUAUUAAAAAAAACCAACCAAAUGCUAAAUCACAUUAG